AUGUCUGUCCUAGUUAUAGGGGCUGGUGAGCUCGGCACCGCAGUCAUCGAUGCACUUGUCAACCAUCCCCGACGCAGCGGAGGACGCAUUGGGGUUGUGCUGCGGGCGGAGAGCAUCAAAUCAACCGAUCCCGCCAAGAAGCAGAGCAUCGAGCACCUUCGAUCUCAAGGGAUCGAGAUCGAGAGUGGCGACUUUGCCAACGCGCCGAGGGAGCUAAUCCCGACAUUUCAAAAGUACGAUGUCGUCGUGCAGGCGGCAGGGAUGGGCCAAAAGCCCGGCACGCAGCUUGGGGUGGCCAAAGCUGUGCUUGAAGCAGGUGUCCGGCGUUUCUUUCCUUGGCAGUAUGGCCUUGACUACGAUGCCAUUGGCGAAGGGAGCGCGCAGGACUUGUUCGACGAGCAACUAGAGGUCCGGAAGCUGUUGAGAAGCCAGAGCAAGACGAAGUGGACCAUCGUAUCGACAGGUCUGUUCAUGAGCUUCUGGUUUCUGAAGGACUUUGGUGUCGUUGAUCUGGAGAAGCACACGGUGAGAGCGCUAGGUAGCUGGGACAUUCGAGUGGCCACGACGGCAGCCGAGGAUAUCGGAACACUGGUCGCCGAAGCCGUCUAUGUGUCCGGGGAGAAGGGCGUGGAUGGGGUGGUCUAUACUGCUGGAGACGUGCUGAGCUAUGGUGAGUUUGCUGAUCGGAUGGAUGCAGGCUUGGAUACCAAGUUCAAGAGAGAAGAGUGGAGUAUACCGCAGCUGGAGGAGAAGCUCGAGCAGGAUCCAACAAACACCAUGACCAAAUAUCAAUUGGUGUUUGGGAGAGGCAAGGGGACGUCGUGGGACAUCGACCAGACGCUUAACCACCAGCGAGGCCUUCGAUUGACGACAGUAGCGGACUAUAUCCAAAAGAAGAAGGGGGACCUUGUCAUUUGA